AUGUCGUACGUCGCGCCCAUCCACAGGCCAAGCAGCAUACGGCAGGCCUUGAGCAUACGCCUGUCGGAGGACGACGACACCGAGAGCUUGCUGGUAGCAAGAUCCAACAGACUCGAAGUAUGGCGCGUCACGCCCACCGACAUGUACAUGCUCGGCUCGGCCGCAGUCUACGGCACCAUCCUUUUCCUCCAGCGCCUGCGGCCCAAGGACACCAAGGCCGACCUGCUGUUUGUCGGUACCGAUCGAUUCCAAUACUUCACGGCGAGAUGGGAUCCCGCAACCCAGAGACUGCAAACCGAGCAGGUCAUCGAGGAUGCCGCCGAACCUCACAUGCGCGACGCCCAGAGUCAGGAUAGGUGCCUGGUAGACCCAACAGGCAAGUUCAUGGCCAUGCAUCUAUGGGAGGGCGUCUUGAACGUCAUGCGCCUGGGAACGCGCAAGGGAACAUUUACUCGCCUCGACGACUCAUGGGAGCGGGUUCGCCUGUCAGAGCUUUUCGUCAAGGCCAGCACGUUCGUGCCCACCGAGACCGGCCACCCAACGGUUGCCUACUUAUACCAGUCCCAGAUCGAGAAGGAAGAUGCACACCUCGCCAUAUACAGGCUCAUGAGCGAUGACAAGAACACAACCGUGUCAAGGUUCGACCCCAGCAGGGAUCGGGAGUUCGAGCUGGAGAUAAAGGACCCAUAUGCGCGCAUCGUCAUACCCGUGCCCAUCGUGGAGGACGAGGUCAAGCGUUACCACAAGAGAGACACCACAGGGGCGAAAGCCCAGCUGGGUGGCUUGAUUGUUGUCGGAGAGACGUUGUUGGUCUACGUCGACACUCUGACACGUACCGUCGUCGAGAGCGGGCUCAACAGCCCUGCCAUCUUCGUCGCGUGGGCCGCCUACGACGACACGAAUUACUUCCUCUCUGACGACUAUGGAAACCUUCAUCUCCUGACGAUUGAAACCGAGGGUGUCGUCGUCACAAACCUCUCCCUGAGACUAUUAGGCGUGACCUCUCGCGCAUCUUGCUUGGUGCAUAUGGGAAAUGGCUUGCUUUUCCUAGGCUCUCAUUACGGCGAUUCCCAGCUUCUCCAGAUCAACAUGGAGAGUCUGAAAACGAGGCUCGUCCAAACCAUUCCCAGCAUUGCCCCUAUCCUCGACUUUUCCAUAAUGGACCUGGGAAACGCCGGGGAUAGCCAGGUCGGCAAUGCUUUCUCCUCGGGCCAGGCCCGCAUCGUCGCCGGCUGCGGCGUUCAUCAAAACGGCAGUCUACGGAGCAUUCGAAGCAGUGUAGGUCUCGAAGAUAUUGGCGUUCUUGAGGACUUGCAGGACGUCCGCGGGCUGUUCAGUCUCCGAUCGCAUGGUUCACCCAAGGUUGACACUCUUGUUGUUUCCUUCAUCACCGAGACCCGAAUCUUCAGCUUUGAUCCAGAAGGGGGCAUCGAGGAGGUGUUUGAAUUUCAAGGGCUUGCCUUGGACAGGCCAACGCUGGUUGCGACAACCCUUCCCGACGGCCGCCUGUUGCAGGUCACAUCCACCACCGUGACGCUUCUUGAAUCCGAGAGGGGCAUCACUUUGAAUACGUGGGCAGUACCGGAUGGUAAGGCUAUCGUCAAUGCGUCGGCCAAUAAUAAGUGGGUGCUGUUGUCUAUCAACGGCACGACCCUGGUGUCUCUGAACCUGUUGAACAAUCUGUCGGCUCAAGAGCAAGUCUUGGGUCGCGACAUUGGAGGUCAUGAGGAUCAGAUCUCCUGCAUCCACGCUGCUAGUGAUCUCGACGACGUUGGCGUAGUCGGUUUUUGGGCGACUGGUUCGGUAUCCAUCAUCGACCUCCGCACACUCGAUGCCCUCCACGGGGAGACCAUCAAGCAAACCGACGACAGCGUGUCUGUUCCAAGGGACCUGGCCCUAGUACAACUUCACCCGCCACACCUUCUGGGCCCUACACUCUUUGUAGCCAUGGAAGAUGGACAGGUGGUGUCGUUCAACGUUUCAAAGCAGGACUUCUCCUUGUCUAGCCGAAAGAGCGUCACACUGGGUAGCCAACAGGCCGGUCUCCACGUUCUUCCCAGGCCAGGCGGCGAGGGCAUCAGCAAUAUCUUCGCCACCACCGAGCACUCCAGCCUCAUCUACAGCUCAGAGGGACGCAUCAUCUAUUCGGCAGCCACCGCCGAAGACGUUACGUACAUCGCGCCUUUUGACUCGGAAGCUUUUCCCGACGCCAUCUUCCUUGCCACAGACCAAAACAUCCGGAUUGCCCACAUCGACGCCGAAAGGAGAACCCAUGUCAAUCCAUUGCCGCUGCGCGAGACGGUUCGCAGGGUGGCGUACUCGCCGGCGUUGCGGGCUUUCGGCAUCGGAACCAUUAGCCGGGAACUCGUCAAUAAUGAAGAAGUAGUCACCAGCUCGUUCCGGCUUGUCGACGAGAUCGUACUUGGAGUUGUUGGAAAACCGUUCCACCUCGACGGUUCGACGUCAACAGAGAUGGUUGAGAGCGUCAUCAGAGCAGAACUGCCGGACAGCAUGGGCCAGCCCGCCGAGAGAUUCAUCAUUGGUACGAGCUACUUGGCCGAUCCGGAAAUGGAUGAGAACAGCGACGUUAGAGGACGCAUUCUCGUCCUCGGCGUGGAUUCCGAUAAGAACCCUUACCUGAUUGUGAGCCACGAGCUGAAAGGCGCCUGCCGGAGCCUUGGUAUCAUGGGCGAGAAGCUUGUCGCCGGCCUGAGCAAGACGGUGGUGGUAUAUGAGUAUGCUGAGGAGUCGAGCACUUCAGGCGCACUGCGCAAGCUGGCCACAUUCCGGCCUUCGACGUUUCCAGUUGACAUUGACGUCAACGGAAACAUGAUUGGCAUCGCUGAUUUGAUGCAAUCAAUGACUUUGGUUGAGUUUAUCCCAGCCCAAGAUGGAAACAAGGCCAAGCUUGUGGAGCGGGCCCGUCACUUCCAGUACAUCUGGGCCACCUCGGUGUGCCACCUAGAAGGGCACUCGUGGCUGGAAGCGGAUGCGCAGGGCAACCUGAUGGUGCUGCGGAGGAAUCCCGACGCGCCGACAGAGCAUGACCAGAAGCAGAUGGAGGUAACGAGCGAGUUCCACCUUGGUGAACAAGUCAACAAAAUCCGGCCACUCGACAUCACGCCCAACGAGAACGACCCCAUCGUACCUAAGGCGUUCCUCGCGACGGUUGAGGGGUCGCUUUAUGUAUUUGCGGACAUCAAGUCGGAAUACCAAAGUCUCUUGCUUCAAUUCCAGGAGAGACUGGCGGAUGUGGUCAAAACCCUGGGACAGGCAGGCGGCGACUCUACUUCGGGCCUGUCCUUCAUGGCGUGGCGAGGCUUCAGAAAUGCCAAACGGGCCGCGGACGGGCCUUUCCGGUUCGUCGACGGCGAGUUGAUUGAGCGCUUCUUGGACUUGGACGAGGCAAAACAAGAGGCCGUCGUUCAGGGUCUUGGUCCAACAGUCGAAAACAUGCGGAACCUGGUCGAGGAGCUGAAGCGCAUGCAUUAA